AUGGAUUGCUCGGAAGGUUUCCAAUACUCAUACUAUGCCGGAAAGAAGGCUAUUUUCCAGAUCAAACCGAUUCGAUCGCCCUACCCAUUCAAUGUCUUCUGUGACAUGAGAUACGGUGGGAGAACGGUCAUCCAGAGCCGCUUCAAGAAAAAAAACUUAUUUCAGAAAUCCUGGUCGGAGUACAAGUCUGGAUUCGGCAACUUGGCGUCUCCGGGCGACUUUUGGCUGGGCAAUGAAAAAAUCCAUUACAUCACUACGAGCAGACGACAGAAAUUGCUGGUCCAGACGUUUGUCGGACUUUACUGGAGACAGAUCUACCACCUCGACUUCACGGUCGGGAGCGAGUCGGAAAAUUUCAGGAUGAACUUCGACUCUACCAAGGUCACGGCCACCUCCGGACGGAGAAUCGAACGUCGAUUGUGCCGGUGA